AAUCGUAGCCCCGCCCCCUCGACCACGGUUUCGCGCCGGUCCCUCCGCUGCCCCUCGCUGCUGCCUUCCCUCCAGCCCUGCCGCAGCUAUGAUCGGGCAGAAGACACUGCACUGCUUCUUCAACACUGCACCGCCGAGGAAACGCAGCCGCUCCCCAGAGCCUGCUGGUGGCGCUGAGGAUGAUGCCGCCAAGAGGCCGAAAACCUCGGUCCAUGAACCAGGCAGGGCCUCCGCGCUGAGCCCUGAGCAGCUGGAGCGGAUGCGCAGGAACAAAGAGGUGGCACUGCGGCGGCUGAACGAGCGCAGCGUUCCUCCGGGCUUCGGGGAGAGCUGGCGGCGGCAGCUGGCGGCGGAGUUCACCAAGCCCUACUUCGUGGAGCUGAUGGCAUUUGUGGCCGAGGAGAGGAAGAAGUACACGGUGUACCCGCCCCCGGAGCAGGUCUUCACCUGGACACAGAUGUGCGACAUCAGGGAUGUAAAAGUUGUAAUUUUGGGACAAGAUCCUUAUCAUGGACCUAAUCAAGCUCAUGGGCUCUGUUUCAGUGUCCAGAAACCUGUUCCACCUCCCCCCAGUUUGGAAAAUAUUUACAAAGAACUGUCCACUGAUAUUGAAGACUUCACCCAUCCUGGGCAUGGUGAUCUGACUGGCUGGGCCAAGCAGGGUGUGCUCCUGCUCAAUGCCGUCCUCACGGUGCGAGCCCACCAGGCCACGUCCCACAAGGAGAAGGGCUGGGAGCAGUUCACAGAUGUGGUGGUCUCCUGGCUGAACAAGAACCUGCACGGCGUUGUCUUCAUGCUGUGGGGAGCUUAUGCCCAGAGGAAGGGCAGCUCUAUUGACAGGAAACGCCACCACGUCCUGCAGACGGUUCACCCUUCGCCUCUGUCUGUGAACAGGGGGUUUUUUGGCUGUCGGCAUUUCUCCAAGACAAAUGAGCUGCUAAAGAAAUCCGGCAAGAAGCCCAUUGAUUGGAGAGCGCUCUGAGCAUCAGCUCCGGGGUCUGAUGGGUGCAAACAGCCCCUGCUUGGAAGGGCUGUCUGGUUUCUGAGAAACUUCUGCUGACCCUGGGGGUUGUCCUCUGGAUGUCGAUCAAGGAACAAAAAGCCUAACUCUACGAGUUUGCCUUUUUUUUUCAGAGCAAAUUAGACUACUUGUCUGCUUUUUUUUGAACGGAUCUCAGCCUGGCUUGAGGUGAAGGAAAGCAGUUUCAUGUUAAUUUGCUUGUUUUUUAUGCUGGGAACGUUUUCUGAGGGCCUUGUGAAGGGGUGUGACAUUUCGUAGGUGAAGCUGCUCAGCUGUUGUACAUAAGCCUGCCUUGCUUCUCCCUUCUCUGCAUCCUGCUGUGUAAAUCCCCCUUUCUUAGUGGGGUGAGUGGAUCUGGAGCCACUGGUCCCCGUUGGUGCAUUGCCUUUAAGUCAGUGUUGGCUCCAUCAGGGGCUUUACCUGCUGUGUCACUGAGGUUUCAGGGUUAACAGAUGAGCUCUGCAGUACUGAGGGAGGUCCCUGCAGAUCUCCCUGCCACUUCCAGCAGACAUACCUUGUCCAUCAAGCUGCCGAGUGAAGAACUGAAGGUUUCAGAAUGUUAAAUUUUAAAUCUUAAUACAGAGAUACUUCCUUCAUAGGAGCAGAAAGAUUUCUGGCCACCAGAGCACGUAACUGUUGGCUCUUCCUGGCUGAAUGUGAGAGGUCUGGGUGUCCAGUCCAGCUUUGGUUUCAUGCUUUCUUUUAACGAAAGUGCCUUGUUCAAAAGUUGUUACGUUUUUAAAACCUAGUUGUAUUUGUUCCAGGGGGUGACACUAGUUGGGUGGAGCUUCCUUCACGUCUCUUUGGGUUUGGUGUGGUGGUUGUUUUUUUAAUAAAAAUCCUUUUCUUGA